CAACUUCGAUACGUUCAAAUUUAUUGUAUCUAUAUUUUUAUUUGUUUCUAUAUAUAUAUAUAUACAGAGAGAGAUAGAGAGAACGCGAUUCGCGAUUACUCAGUUGAGUUAGGGUUUUUUGAUUAAUUAAUUGAAAUUCGAUGGCGGCGGGGAAGAGCGACGCCGGCGACAGGAUCAAGGGGCCGUGGAGUCCGGAGGACGACGCGAGGCUCCGUGAACUCGUGCAGCAGCACGGCGCGAGGAAUUGGUCGCUGAUUAGCAAGUCGAUCCCCGGGAGAUCGGGGAAGUCGUGCCGGCUGAGGUGGUGCAACCAGCUCUCGCCGGUGGUGGCGCACCGCGCGUUCACGGCGGAGGAGGACGCGAUUAUCCUCCGUGCGCACGCGGAGAUCGGGAAUAAAUGGGCGACGAUCGCGAGGCAGCUCAACGGACGUACGGACAACGCGAUUAAGAACCACUGGAACUCGACUCUGAAGCGGAGGUUCUCCGGCGGCGGAGGAGGGGAGGAGCGGCGGAGUCAGGUUUUGAGGAGAGACGGCAGCGGCGACGUCUCCACGGCGAUGGCGAAGUUGAGCAGUCCAAUUGACGGAUCUAGAUCGAGAUCGGGAUUGAGCCGUUCCGAUUCAGAUAUCAGCGAUUCCGGUUACAAUUUGACGGAAUUCUCGUUUCCGGUAGCGACGAACGCCGCCGCGGCGCCGUUGGAGGACUGCGAUAGUGAGUUCACCGCCUUGAGUCUUCGAUUGCCCGGCGUUUCGUCUGCAGAUGCGGCCGUUGAUAAGGAAGCGUUAAUUAGUAAGAUGAAAUCGGAGGCGUUGAAUCCGGAGUUGAUUGCAUUAAUGCAAGAGAUGAUCAAGGCGGAAGUGAGAAGUUACAUUACUGGUGAAAGAGAGAUUAUGAGGUUGAGAUGAACGUAAUUAGAGAGAUUAAUUAAUCAUUAAUCGGCGCUGCGUUUUGGUUUGGUUUGGUUUGGAUAUUAAAAUUUGAGUUAAUUCUACGUAAAAUAAUGAAAUUGUGAGUAUGGUUACGAAUGGUGAGAUUCGGUUUUGUUUCACUUAAUUUGAAUUUUAUUUGAUUUGAUUUAUUCAUUUAGUUUAAUUGAAACGGUUGCAGCUUGCAACUGAUUAGGAGUUAAGAUGUGGUAAUGGUUGGGUUUUGAGAUGAGUAAAACGUUAUCUUCUUCAAAUUUCUUUUAAUUAGUUGUUUUAUGGUUUUUGAAUUGAAGCGUGUAUCUGCAUUUAGGUUGACAAAAAUGUUGGAUCUAUUGUACUUUUGAAAAGUUGAGAUUUUUGUAGUACUUUGUUA